GGGGCGCCUCCUCUCACCCCCCCACACGGCUCCGCGCCGGGCCUUCCCCCCGCGGCGAGCGGCAGGCUGCGGUGCGCGCCGCCCGCGAUGUCGUGGAGGUCCCGGGCGGUGCUGGCCGUCUCCGUGCUGCUAUCCGCCGCCACCGUGGUGGCCGUGCACGUCCAGCAGCGGCGGGAGCAGGAGAGGCUGCACCGUGGAGUUCUCCAAGAUCUUGAGCGUCAACAUCAGAAAAAGGAGAAUAUUCGCCUCCUAGAAGAGCAGAUUGCUUUGACAAAGCAGCUUAUGGAAGAAAGAGACAAGGCACUGAUGGAAAAAGGGUCCCAGCAGUCAUAGGCACAGCCCUGAGCUGUUAGAGGUUUGAUUAAAGAUGUUUGGGGAUCAUUGCUAUAUAAGUACUUGCAAGUGUUUCAGUAGAGGUUAUCUGUGAAAGACUGUUUCUUUUGUAUAGGUUAUAAUCCAAUUGAAAAUUUAUAGUGUGGUCACAGAACAUUUCCUCUGUCAUUGGCACUUUGACUGUGGAGACUUUGCUGACACAUCCAGUGUGGGUGUACUUGUCAAUGCA